AGCAUCUGCUCAUCUCUCUCUGUCUCAGCUUUGUGAUUUCUUCGUGGACUCUUUGGGGGUCAACCGAAAAAAAAAAAAUAUAUAGAGUGGAUUUGAGAGAAGCAAGCAGCUCUUAUUUCUUUCUUUCUUCUUCUUAGUUAGUACUUAGUACUGUUGAUUCUCUCAUAUGUUUUUUUUUUCUAAUCAAUAAUCAAUAAUCAAUAAUCAAUCAGACUCCAGAAUACGUAGGAGAACAAGAAAGAAAGAAGUGCCCUCUGUCCUCUCUGAGAGUGCAAAAGUAGUAGGCAGUUUUGAGAGAGAGAGAGAGAGAGAAGAAGAAAGAAAUGGGGGAGAAUAUGGCGCACUCACCCUUGGUCACCUAUGUCUCCGUGCUCUCUUUACUUAGUCUCUGCCCUCCCUUCGUUAUUCUCCUAUGGUACACCAUGGUACAUGCGGACGGAUCUGUAUUGCAAACUGCCAAUUACUUGAGAGACCAUGGCAUCCAGGGCCUCCUUCAGAUUUGGCCCAAACCCACUACGACUGCUUGGAAGAUCAUUGCUUUUUAUGCUGCAUUUGAGGCUGCACUUCAGCUGUUUUUACCUGGCAAAAGGGUCGAGGGUCCAACUUCUCCUGCUGGUAAUAGGCCUGUCUAUAAGGCAAAUGGCUUGCAAGCUUUUGCUGUCACAUUGGUUACAUAUCUCGGCCUUUGGUGGUUUGGGAUAUUCAACCCUGUAAUUGUCUAUGACCAUCUUGGAGAAAUAUUUUCGGCUCUCAUCUUUGGAAGUUUAAUCUUUUGCUUGUUUUUGUACAUCAAAGGUCAUGUUGCUCCGUCUUCUACUGAUUCUGGAUCAUCAGGGAACAUCAUAAUCGACUUCUAUUGGGGAAUGGAGCUCUAUCCUCGCAUUGGCAGGAACUUUGAUAUAAAAGUCUUUACAAACUGCAGAUUUGGAAUGAUGUCCUGGGCAGUUCUUUCUCUUACAUACUGCAUAAAGCAGUAUGAAACUUACGGGAGGGUUGCUGAUUCUAUGCUUGUCAACACUACAUUAAUGUUGGUGUAUGUUACCAAGUUUUUCUGGUGGGAAGCUGGAUACUGGAAUACAAUGGAUAUUGCACACGAUAGAGCUGGUUUUUAUAUUUGCUGGGGAUGCUUGGUGUGGGUCCCGUCAGUAUAUACUUCCCCUGGCAUGUACCUAGUCAAUCAUCCCGUCAAUCUUGGUGUUCAGCUUGCUCUUUAUAUCCUUGUAGCUGGCAUUCUUUGCAUAUAUAUCAACUAUGACUGCGACAGGCAAAGACAAGAAUUUCGUAGAACAAAUGGCAAGUGCUUGGUUUGGGGGAAAGCUCCAUCUAAGAUUGUUGCCUCGUACACUACAACUUCGGGCGAGACAAAAACCAGCCUUUUACUAACAUCAGGAUGGUGGGGCUUAUCUCGUCAUUUCCAUUAUGUACCAGAAAUAUUAGCAGCUUUUUUCUGGACUGUGCCUGCUCUGUUUAGUCAUUUUCUUCCUUACUUCUAUGUAGUGUUUCUGACAAUCCUUCUCUUUGACCGAGCCAAAAGGGAUGACGAUCGAUGCAGAUCAAAGUAUGGGAAAUACUGGAAGCUAUAUUGUGAGAAGGUACCGUACCGGAUUGUUCCCGGACUCUACUGAGUGAGGAGGUUCUCUCUCUCUCUCUCUCGCAGCCGGUCGGUCGGUGGGUGGCGUCUCAUCAAAUUGAAGCUGUAAUAUUAUUAUAUAUACAGUAUUGAAGAUGGAUGUUUGUCAACGCAUUUUCAAGUGUUUAUCUGGGGGCAGAAGGAAGUGGUGGUUGUACUUUGUUCUGUUCUGUUCUGUUCGGGGGUUCACACCAAUCAGCACAUUGGUAAUUACUAACUAAUAAGAAAUGUUUUGGAGGGAGGCACAUUUUAUUUUUUAUAUAAUUAAUUAGGGACUACUUCUACUUUGUCA